AUGGACUUCCUGGCCAACGUCACCAUCCGGCCGGCGCGCCAGAUCGUGCAGGCCACGGAGGCCGCCGCCGGCCGCCGCCGCCGCGCCGAGCGCCGCGUCAACGUCCGCGCCGCCGCGGCGCAGCCGCGGGGGGAGGUGGAGCUGCACGCGAUGGACGCGUCCCACCUGCGGCGCACAAUCAGCGGCGCGUGGCGCUUUGACGGCCUCAUGGACGCCGCGGCACUGGCCGCCGCCCUGCAGCGCACCGUGGACCGCUACCCGCUCGUCGCGGGCUGGCUGGAGCCCAGGAGCGGCGGCAAGCUGGCGCUGCGGUGGGACGCGGCCGCGCGCGGCCGCGGGGCGGCGUGGUUUGAGGCAGUCGCCCCCGGCUCGCCGCCCAAGGUGCGUUUGGGGGAUUAUUUGCCAUGGCCCGGGCCGGUGUCGCACACGGUGCUUGCAAAAGCCCUCCCGUAG